AUGGCGUGCGAGCAAAGCAGAGUGCUCCCACAUUUCCCCAUCAUGGCAGCCCGUAAUCCCCCCAGACCUGGCUCAGAGGCCGGGUUUGCACGCUCCUUCUCCCCGGGGGGUAGUCCACACGCUCAGAGUACACGCAAAAACAUCCCAAUUCAUUCAUCCGCUUACCUUUCCACGGGCUGCAGUUUUAAGGUGAUGGCGAGCCGAGGAUACCUGACAGGAGACACGCGAGCAUCCAGACUACAGCGCGGACACACUCAUAGCUUAUGCAUGGCCAGACAGCGCGGUGGAUUUGGAGAGACGCAAGCUCCACUCGUGCCAUUUUGCAAAGAGAGAUAA